GCCAUGGUAGCCGUCUACAAGUCAUCACCAACCAAGGAGGAGAUCGUCCUGAGCCUGAAGGAGACACAACCCAAGUCCCGGCACAGAAGUGACUCUGUGAUAUAUGUCAAUGACGGUGAGAAUGUUAUCCACCUGAGCAGGUCGGUUGUGGAUGAGUACCGCAAAAAAACAAACUAUUUUGGACCGUUAAAGGCUGCUGUGGAGAAAGCCAAGCUAGUGCAGGACGGAGAGGAGAAGGAGGUACUGAGGACUAAGCUAAUGCAAGUCAAGUUUGUGAUGCGGGAUGGUGCCGGGCAGGAGCUGAGUGGUGCAGAGAUGGUCAAGGCCAUGGCAAAAAUCCCUGGUAUUAUCCCACCCUGUGACCCAGGUAGCAUUAGCGAUGGCACUGAUGCCUGUCCACCAUCUCCCAGUAACAAGGAGGAAGUUGUGACAAUCAGUUUUGGUGCAAAUGACCAAGUGGACAUCCCCAGGAGUGCCAUUGAGCAGUACCGUGCACUCUCCAAGGUCACAGAGCCCCUCACAGCUAAGAAGGAAAAGUCUUUUCGGGAGGAGAAUGGUAGAAAGGUCCCCAUCACUGUGAUAAGCUUGUAUCCAGACAAGGAGAGUGUGCCUGUUUCCCCAGUGCAAGGAGAGUCGAUGCAGCAAGUAGAGGAGCAGCCAGCCAAGCCGCGACGAGGAAGACCAGCGGGGCGAGGUAGGAGGGUGCUUCGGGGCAGGAAGAGAGUCCUUCCAGGUUCUUCACACACCAAACCUCUUGUUGACCCCCAGAGAAUCUUCAAGAGAGAGACCCCAGAGGAGCCCCAAAACACAUCCUCAAACAGUGAAGCUGAAGAUGGCGGUAUCAGCGAGCUAGGCUUUGACAGUGGCAUUGUGAUUGUACAGACACCAGGACAUGAAGUGAUGGCAACAGAAGAAGAAUUUGUUGGAAAUGGGGUCACGGAGGUGGCCCUGUUGCCACUGCAGCUGCAGUCAGCACCCAAAGAUAUGGCAGCUGAGUUGACGUCACAGCAGGCAUGGAAAUACCUCACUGAAUAUGCCUCAGAGGAUGAUGCGGUACAAGGUCUCGUCACACAAUUUAACAAUGAGAGCUGGCUGGAGGUGAAACGUAUGUCAGACUUCUUCCACUGUGAUGGUGAGGUUAUGACAGACAUCUCAUUCAAGGCUGUGUAUAGGAAGGAUGACACACGCGUCAGUUAUUAUCUUCGGGGUUUCAGUAAACUCCUGAAGACUGGGGAGCUAACCUCAGCAAAUGCUAUCAAUCACUUGUUUCGAUGCCUAUCCCCAGACCGCAAACUUUGCCUCGGUCUAAAACCAUCUCUCUUCGAGACACACUUGGAAAGCCAUGACCACCUCAGGCACCUCUUCAAGCAGAAAGGCCACAUUAUCUCCACCCCGUUUGAAAGCCUGUUCUCGAAAGAGUGUAAAGGCAUUGUGGUGGUGAAUGGCAAUCCCACCUCUUCCACGUUCACCCGGGGAUCCAAAACAAUUGUUGGAGUCCAAGUCCUGUGCAGGGAGUGUGCGGCGCUUAGCAAGCAGAUGAAUCAGCUACUCAAGGGAUACACCCAAAAUGGGUCCAUGACCAGGAAUGAGCUGCUCGGUGAGAAGUCAAUGCAGGAGAGGUACAACAACCAACUCCUGAAGCAGCCCCUCAGAAGCAAAGGCCCAGCAUUGAACAGCAAGGAAAUUCGACACAUCUUCUCCCAGAAUGUAUCAGAGAUCAUCUCAAGCCCCUCAGUGUCAGCCAUCAGUUUCGAACAGGAUGACCUAGAUCCUUAUGAGGAGCUUCCGGUGGCAAAGUGCAAGCGCAAGGUGGCGUCCCGGAGAGGAGGGGACUUUGAGGGGGAGGAGGAUCAUGUGAGGCCAAGCAUAGGGGUCUCGGAGGAGGAAUUCGUGAGGAUGAUAGACCUGUGCCCUCCUGCGCCGGGCAUCCUGACGAGGUCCAUUGUUAAGAGAUGCAAUGUGUGCCAGUUCCGGGCACCUACUAUGCUUGCCUUGUUCAGCCACAUGCAGGGCCACAUGGGUGCUUUGAAGGAGAAGUGCGGGGAAUGUAAUGUCCAGCUGUCCAGCAAGGAGGCCAUGGAAAUUCAUAAAAAACAGAUGCAUUCACAGCGCUCACCUGUGUGUACAAUAUGCCAGCUUGAUUUCACAACCAAAGACCAGUUGUUUGAUCACAUGAACAAGCAUCGAAAUCAUCAUCCAUUUGAAUGUCCCAUGUGCGACCACAAGUUAACAAAUAUGGAUGCUUAUAAAAAACAUGUGAGACUGACUCAUAAGGUGAAGUCAGUGCGAGACUUAAAAUUUUCAUGCAAGACGUGCAACAUUCACUUUUAUACUCGUGACCACUUGCUUCUACACCGUGUCAACCAGAACCACGAGGAUGUGGACGCGUUCUCCUGUAAGGCUUGCUCUUUCAGCAGCACAACAGCGAACGAAUUUCGCAGCCACAUCUGGGAGCACUCCGAGGAGGAGCGGGAGAGUGCCAACAUCGCCAUCUGCCCCCACUGCUACAAGGUGUUUUUCUCGGCCUUCAAGCUCACGUUCCACUUGGAGACGAAGCACCCUCCGCAGGGGAAGGAAGCGGAGGCGCAGCCCCAGCCCAAGCUUGAGCCGGAUGCCAGCGAGCCGCCCAGGAAGAAGAAGAACAAGGGGCCGUAUUUGCGCUACCUGAGAGCCAACGAGAAGUAUGAGUGCCGCAAGUGCCGCAGGAGAUUCAAGACCCAUGAGACGCUGGAGAACCACGAGAAGUUUUCGCACGGGGAGAAAAAGGUUGCCAAGUCAGAAUGCCAGUGCACGCUAUGUGGACGGCGGUUCAAUGCAUUACGGAGGCUGGCGAACCACAUGAAGAUUCACUCUGGGAACCGGCCUGUGUUCCAGUGCGAAGAGUGCGGCCAGAUCUAUGGCAAGAAGACGCAGGUACUCGAGCACAUCCGUACCGAUCACGCCGAGCAGGUCCAGAGGCAUCAGCAGCAGCAGGAGCUCCUGCAGAACAACCAGCUGGAAGAGCAGGCGCUGGUGGACAUCACGGAGCAGCCCCAGCACGUGACACUCGAGGGGGGCGCGUCUACCGCGUGGAGUCCCAUCAAGAGCCCCUUCAAGGUGCCGACGGUGGAGCAGACGCAGGAGGCCGUCUACAGUUUGUUGCAGUUGACCGACUUUUGAAUAUUGUUUGUUUGUCGUAUUUUGUAUGUUAUUACCAAAGAGCACUUUUAUCGGCUGGAUGAGUCCAUCUGAAAUUGUGAUUGUUGUUAUAAAAUGUCUAUUUAUUCAGAGAAGACAAUAAAGUGAGGAAGUGAACGAACUAUGAUCUGUAACCAGUGAUGUCUCAAAUCUUUACUCAAAGAUUGAAAUGUGAUAUUUUUAUAGGUACCAGUUUAUAUUGAAUAAUUAAGUUUUUUAUUUAAUUAUAAAAAAAUGAUAAUUCAUACCA